UGCGUCUCUGUGGCGAGUGGCACGUGUUUGUCACUGCUAUAGGAUAAGCGGUGAACGAUAAGGAGAUAAUGCGCCCUAAAUGCCACACUGGAUUUCGUGCCGCGUCCUAAUGUGUGCCGUGCUUGAUUCAGCUCGUAUCGUAGGAAAGUUCUCGAGCCAUGAUUUUGGAACCACUAUUCAUACUAAUCUGGGUGCUUGGACUAACCGCAUUGGUGCGAUGGCGAAGGAAGAAAUUAAGCGUUUUCAAAGAGAUGGGGCUGGAUGGACCAACGCCCAACCUCAUCUGGGGAAACCUACUUGAGUACGACGGAAAGAAACGGGUACCAGCACUGACAGAAUGGGCAAAGAAGUAUGGCGACAUAUUUGGGUUCUAUAACGGGGAUAUUCCGACGCUUGUCGUAAAAGAUUUACAAGUACAGCAGCGCAUCUUUAUCAGUGACUUCACCGACUACACUUACCGCGGUUCUACCAUGCGAACGGAUGAGCAGCAUCCUUACUUGGGGACAAGUCUAUUGCACGCAAGGGGCAUCCAAUGGAAGAAGAAUCGCGUCUGUACUAGCCAGGGAAUGACAACUUACAAGUUUAAACAGAUGUGGCCACAUUUUCAAAGUGUCGCCGACGAGUUCCUGAAAAUACUGAGUCAGAAAGCAGACACCGAAGAGGAAGUAAAUAUGGAGAAGCCCUUCCAAGCCUUGGCAAUGGACUACGCAGGCCAGGCCGCCUUUGGCGUUCACCACUCCUUUCAGAACGACAUCGAGAACCCCUUCCUGAAAGCGGCUGCGGAGGCGGUGCCAGGUGUAAUGAAGGGGAUCUUUCACAAGAUAGCACACUGCACAACGACACUGAGUGCCGUUAUGACACCGUUGCUAUGGCUACAUUCAAAACUGGGAACGUUUACGUUCGGCGUCUUCAGCAAAAGUGUGUAUCAGGUGGUUGAUCAGCGUAAGAAAGUCAAUCUGAAAAGAAUUGACUUAUUACAAAGUAUGCUGGAUGCCGAAGUGUCAAAGGAGCACUCAGGAGAAUUUAACAACAAUGAUGUCAAGAAAGACCCCAAAAAGAUAUCCGCCGAUGACGUCGCCGUGAAUGCCACUGUUCUUUUUGUGGCUGCCUUUGGAACGACAUCGACAGCCCUGAGCUACUUGACCUACGUCAUGGCGAAAUACCCUGAAGUGCAGGAAAAGAUGAGAGAGGAAGUAGAAGCAGCCCUGAAAAAGUCGGAUGAGCUUGACUACAACACAGUGAUGGGCUUGACGUACGUGAAUCAAGUAAUGCAAGAAACUCUUCGAAUGUACCCUCCCGUCAUCAUAUUCACAACGCGAGAGGCAGAAGUGGACAAAGAAGUCAAUGGUCUGAAGAUCCCUGCAGGAACUACAAUCAUGGCCCCUACUUACCAAGUGCAUAUGGAUGAGAAGCACUGGCCUGAACCGGAGAAGUUCGACCCGGAAAGGUUUAGCCCCGAGAACAUGAGAACACAGCAUCCAUUGGCGUACCAGCCUUUUGGAAUUGGACCAAGAAAUUGCGUUGGCAUGCGACUUGCGAUAUUGGAAAUAUUGUACACGGCUGCCAGGAUGGUGCUUGAAUACGAAGUGCAACUGGGAGAAAAGCAACAGGGAGAAAUGCACCUUGACUAUGAUGCCAUGGUGUCAAAGCCAGAGAAAGGGCCCUGGAUAAAGUUCUACAGAAGAAAAACAAAUGACGCCGUACCUUCCUGAAGAAGCUUCUUCUCGAGCAGCGAACCAACUCCGCUGAGAUUCCAUUUUCUAAGAGACGACAGCUACUGAGUUGCAUGAAAUCGUCAUAAAUAAUCUAAGUCACCCUUCAAAUGAA